CGAGGCUUAAUUUCAUGGAAUAUUUUCCUGGGUCUUCCAACAGCCAGAAAAAAAUAUUUUCCUUGAGCUCAGCUCCAACGAGCUGCAGCUAAAAUUAAGCUCUGAAUUUAAUGAAUAUGAAUUUAACGUAUUGAUAUAAUAUGAUUGACAAAGUGAUGGUAUAUAUUGCAUUUUUGUGAUGUUUUGAAAUUAUAUUUUUAAAUCUUUUACUAAGGCAUGGUUUGUCAUUCCUGUAUUAUCGUUGACGUUGAUUAUAAUUCACGGUGAACAGGUGAUACGCUCAGUCAGUGCGAGUACAACAGACGAAUGGACUGAGAAAGCCCCAACCCGGGUGUAAAGAAACAAAAGAGAGACACGGCAAUCUGAUCACACAGGAGCAUCACUCAAGCGUACAUCACCAACCACACACAUCCCUAGCACCAACCCACACACCCAGCACACGCAGACACUCCCACAGUAUCCAUCACACAUACACACACACGGUAUCAAUCACACAGGGCACAACACCAAUCUAUAAACCAAACAGCAUACACACACACACAGCACACUUACCAAGCACACACAUACAUUAUAACACAGCAAGAACCAACUUUACACCCAUCAUGCAUACAUAAUCAUUCACGCAAACAACUCUCAACCACACACACACCUGCACACCCGGCACAAGCAUAAAACCGACCAUACAUACACACAAACCCAACCCCAACUAAGUCCCAAACCACGCACACAAAUUUAAUUACACCUCGCACCAACAGAACGCAUACCCAGCAGCGCCACACAUACAUCACCUACGCACACCGAGUACACACAAACUUAGAGAGCACACACACACGCCUACAUAGCCAGCAUCAAUCAGCAGGGAGACCAUGUCCCCUUGCUGUGCACGGAGGCUGCUGCUUCUGCUGCUGCUGCUGCCACCGCUGCUGCUGCUCUUCUCGGCCCGGUGCCACUGCUGGUCCCGUGGCACCGUCACCCCGCACCGCUUCAUGAUGGAGCUGCUCAAAUCGCCGAUAGUUGCCGGAACGAACAACAACAACAGCAGCUGGAGCAGCAGCUGCAGCAACGUGGCUGUCAAUUGCAACACAGUGUCCGGCUUCGUGGAUCUGGGUACAGACUCAGCGGACUCCCCAACGAGGCAGCAGCUCCUCUUCAACGUCUCUGCCCUGCCACGGGGUGACACAAUUCUGGCCGCACACCUUCGGGUUCUCCGCAAGCGCCCGGCACCGUCCUCCUCCUCUUCCUCCCGCCGCCCGCGUGUGUCUCGCCGAGCCGUGCUGCAGCUGAGACCGUGCGGAUCGAGUGGCCCGCUCACCGCCACCACCUCCACCACCACCACCAGGGUGGUAGAGCUAAUGACAGCAGCUGGACUGGGGACACCGCGGUGGGAGGUGUUUGAUGUCCUCGGAGCGAUGGGACCUGCUGCUGCUGCUGCUGGAGGUGAUGGAGGACCUGUCCCCACCGCACGUCUGCUCUGCCUGGAGCUCACGGCCUCCAGCCACGUGGACGGUGGUACCGCUCUGCUUCCCUCCUCCGAGAUCGGACUGAGCCGCGCCAGGCGCGGUGCCGUCGAGAAGGCGCUCCUCGUCAUCUACAGCCGGGCCGAGCGACGCGGCAACAUCUUCUCCGAGUUCGCCAAAUCCUCCUCGCCCUCCGCCUUCUCCCAUAACUCCGCACCGUCGACCUCUCUCCCGGCGCGGUUCUCCAUCGCCAACCAAAGCCCGUCGAGAGACAUCGGCCGCUCGAAGCGAAAGACCGGUAGCAGGCGGCCCCCCGCGGGGCCCACCUCUCCAGCCGCUCGCCGGAAGAAACCCACGGCGAAUUUGGCGAGAGCCGGGGCCAGGAGCCGCGCCGGUGGGGCCGCUGGCUCCAGCCGGUGCUCGCGCCGUCCCCUGCGCGUCGACUUCCGCGCCCUGGGCUGGGACGGCUGGAUCAUCGCGCCGCUGCACUACGAGGCGCGUCGCUGCGAGGGGCCCUGCCACCUGCCCCUGCCGGCGCACGUCCCCUCCACCAACCACGCCGUCAUCCAGACGCUGCUCAGCUCGCUUGGCGGACGUGCCUCUGCGCCGCCACCGCCGCCCGGCUGCUGCGUGCCCACGCGGCUCGGCCCCGCCGGAGUACUGCUGGUGGCUGAUGGCAGCGGCGGUGGCGGCGGUGCCGGCGGCGGUGGUGGGGGAAAUGUGGUGUACAAACAUUACGAAGGCAUGGUGGUGGAGGCGUGUGGGUGUAGGUAG